AUGGAACAGGCUACCAUAUUCUCCAUGAAGUCGCCUAAUCUGACUAAUUUCAUUUUCCCCCCAUCGUCCUUCUCAACUCCUACAUUUACAAAUCCUAGUUGCUUGUGCUUCGUACUUUCUGUGACUAAAUGUACGGACCAAGACUCAGACCAGCUCCUUCAUCCAUGUUUUGGGUUCCAGUGCUACUGGAGCCUAUUCCCUCUACCUGGACGUGUGCAUCCUAUUGAUCUCUGUGCAACGUGUCUGCAGGCACUGGAAAGCUAUAAUCAACAACUCCAAAGCUAUCCAGCGAGCUCUAUUCUUCGAACCUGCAAACCCUCAUUCAAAAGUUUUGGUGCAACGGAAAAGAAAUUGUCGAAAACCAAUAUCACAGUCCAUGGCAUCCUGACUGAUAGUUAA